AUGGAUGUCUCUCUUUGCCCUACCAAGUGCACUUUCUGGAGGGUAUUUUUGCUCUGGAGCAUUUGGGGAGACUAUCUGCUUUCGGUGCUGGCUUGCCCUGCUAAUUGUCUUUGCAGCAAGACAGACAUCAACUGCAAGAAGCCGGAUGAUGGGAACCUCUUCCCUCUCUUGGAAGGGCAGGAUUCAGGCAGCAGCAAUGGCAACACGAGCAUCAAUAUCACGGACAUCUCAAGGAACAUCACUUCCAUACACAUAGAGAACUGGAAGAACUUGCAGACACUGAACGCUGUCGACAUGGAGCUGUACACGGGACUGCAGAGGCUGACAAUCAGGAACUCAGGACUGCGGAACAUCCAGCCCCGUGCCUUCGCCAAGAACCCCCACCUGCGCUACAUAGACCUCUCCGCGAACCGGCUCACCACUCUGUCGUGGCAGCUCUUCCAGACCCUUCGGCUCUUUGAACUGAGACUAGAGAGGAACCUUUUUAACUGCAGCUGUGACAUCCGCUGGAUCCAGCUCUGGCAGGAGAAGGGUGAAGCAAACCUGCAGUACCAGGAGCUCUACUGUAUGAACAUGGAUGCUGCCAUCAUCUCUCUGCAGGAGAUGAAUAUCACCCAGUGUGACCUCCCUGAGAUCAGCGUGAGCCACGUGAACCUGACGGUGCGGGAAGGGGAGAACGCUGUCAUCACCUGCAACGGCUCGGGCUCGCCCCUGCCCGACCAACAGACACUGAUUUCUGUCUGUAUUUCUCUCUGGGAUUUUUAGACCAAUCUCAACUGGACCAAUGUUCAUGCCAUCAAUUUGACCUUGGUGAAUGUCACCAGUGAGGACAAUGGAUUCCUGCUUACCUGCAUUGCUGAGAACGUGGUGGGGAUGAGCAAUGCCAGCGUGCUGCUCACCGUUUACUAUCCCCCUCGCAUCCUAACCCUGGAUGAGCCGGUGCAGCACAUGGAGCACUGCAUUGCAUUUGCAGUGCAUGGGAACCCAGCUCCCACCCUCCACUGGCUGCACAAUGGCCAGGUCCUUCAGGAGACAGAGAUCAUCCACAUGGAGUUUUACCAACAAGGGGAAGUGUCUGAGGGUUGCCUGCUCUUCAACAAACCCACUCACUACAACAAUGGCAACUACACGAUUGUGGCCACCAACCAACUGGGUUCAGCCAACCAAACCAUCAAAGGACACUUCCUUGAAAAGCCCUUUCCAGAGAGUACGGACAACUUUGUAUCAAUCGGUGAUUAUGAAGUGAGUCCCACCCCACCAAUCACUGUGACCCACAAACCAGAGGAGGACACUUUUGGGGUUUCCAUAGCGGUUGGGCUGGCAGCUUUUGCUUGUGUCCUCUUGGUCGUCCUCUUUAUCAUGAUCAACAAGUACGGCCGACGGUCCAAGUUUGGGAUGAAAGGUCCUGUGGCAGUGAUCAGCGGAGAGGAGGAUUCAGCCAGUCCCCUGCACCACAUCAACCAUGGCAUUACAACACCCUCAACCCUGGACGCUGGCCCGGACACGGUGGUGAUCGGCAUGACCCGCAUUCCUGUCAUCGAGAACCCCCAGUACUUCCGACAAGGUCACAACUGCCACAAGCCAGACACGUAUGUCCAGCAUAUUAAGAGGAGAGACAUCGUUUUGAAGAGAGAGCUGGGAGAAGGUGCCUUUGGGAAGGUGUUCUUAGCCGAGUGUUACAACCUCAGCCCCACCAACGACAAAAUGCUGGUGGCAGUGAAGGCGCUGAAAGACCCCACCUUGGCUGCCCGCAAGGAUUUCCAGCGGGAGGCAGAGCUGCUCACCAACCUGCAGCACGAGCACAUCGUCAAGUUUUACGGCGUGUGUGGGGAUGGUGACCCACUCAUCAUGGUCUUCGAGUACAUGAAGCACGGGGACCUGAAUAAGUUCCUGAGGGCACAUGGCCCAGAUGCUAUGAUCCUCGUGGAUGGGCAGCCUCGACAAGCCAAAGGGGAGCUAGGGCUAUCCCAGAUGCUCCACAUCGCUAGCCAGAUCGCCUCUGGAAUGGUGUACCUUGCCUCCCAGCACUUUGUCCAUAGAGACCUGGCCACCAGGAACUGCUUGGUCGGAGCCAACCUGCUGGUGAAGAUUGGAGACUUUGGGAUGUCAAGAGAUGUCUACAGCACUGAUUACUACAGGGAAGGGCCACGUCCGAAGGGCCAGUUCAGCGCAGCGUGGCAGCGACAGAGACUGGCACCGCCGGCAGCGGCAACAGUUGGAGGACACACUAUGCUGCCCAUCCGCUGGAUGCCUCCAGAGAGCAUCAUGUACAGGAAGUUCACGACAGAGAGUGACGUCUGGAGCUUUGGGGUGAUCCUCUGGGAGAUCUUCACGUAUGGAAAACAGCCCUGGUUUCAGCUCUCCAACACAGAGGUCAUUGAGUGCAUUACCCAAGGCAGAGUGUUGGAAAGGCCUCGAGUCUGCCCCAAGGAGGUUUAUGACAUCAUGUUGGGAUGCUGGCAGAGAGAACCUCAGCAAAGGCUCAACAUCAAGGAGAUCUACAAGAUCCUUCAUGCUCUGGGCAAGGCCACACCAAUCUACCUGGACAUCCUUGGCUAGCAGUGGCCACUUGUCAAAAGUCCCUGCUCCUUCCUUCCGUUUUUCCUUCCCUCUACCCCUCCCAAGACCUUUGCCCCUCAGCUCCCAAGCAAACAACUUCAUAUAAACUCAAGUGCCUGCUACACAUACAACACUGAAAAAACCAACAAAACAAAAAGUAAACCAACAAAAAUCCCAUAAACCAACAACCUGUAAGGCAGUUUGGCUUAUAUAUAUAUUUAUAGAUAUCUCUCUAUAUAUAUAACUUCUACACCAAUAUGGAAAGAAGCUGCUGUUACAGAAUAUUAUGAGAAAAAAAAAAAAGGGAAAAAAAAAGAAAAAAAAAAAGGAAGAAAAAAGUACCUAAAAAUAUAAUUUAA